AUGUCGGAUCCAACCCUUCCUUCGAACUCUCCGAACCAGCCUAUGUCCGACAAUCCAGCUUCCGACGGCGGCGACCCUAUUCAGGAGGACCCUCUUCUAAAAUCUGGCAGUUUCAUUGAGCCAACUUUCAAAGAUGACCACCCAGCGCGAAACGGCGAUGUGCAAAGCCCUAAUCCCCUGCAUGAAGCUGAACCAUCCUCCGCACAAUCGAAGCGCCCUUUCAAACCUGUCUCUGCGCCGGAGAGGCCGGAUUGGCUGCCGGAAGGUUGGGGAUUUGAUUUCAGGAUCCGAAACUCCGGUGUCUCUGCAGGGACGUAUGAUAGGGUAACUCACUUUCUUGCUCGCUUCAGAUUUUGA